ACCAGCCUGAGUUGAUGUCCUAAAACCAGAAGUUUUACCACACAAAUAACAAAGGAUAAUGAGGUGUGUCUAGUUGUAGUUUUAACCCACCAGGAUGCCCUUUUGCUGCCGCUCUAAUAUGGAUUAGAAAAGUUGCCUGCUACACACCCAGCUGUAUUGCUAGGAGCGAUCACCACGGGGGUGGGAAGUUGUGGCAGACCUACAAAGCUAUUCUAUCGCAGGGCAUCUUAACUAGAGCCACAUUAAAUCACUUGUGUUAGAAGAAUCUGUCGCCUUCAGCACUGGUCGUGGUAGGGACAGAUCUGGGAUAAGUGCAUGGGAAGAACUGGACAAUUAGGUGUGUAGGGUGGGGGGGGGGGUGUCUGUUUUCCUGUGACUGACAGCCCUGGGUCCUCCCCCUUCCUCCAUUCCUCUUCUCCGCUGCCUGCUGCGGGGCACUCCGAGGGAAGCAACUUUGACCGUAGUUUAACCACCGGGCAGCGAAGCUUUCAAUGAACCGGAGCAACGGAGCCGUGUGAAGUACUUCCACUGGCAGGGCAGCAGCAUGCACACAGGGCUUGUUGUUCUGGUUGCUUUCUGCCUAGCUGUGGAACUGGUGACUGGGGGUGGGAAGAAAUCCUAUAACGGACCAUGUGGGGGUCGAGAUUGCAGCGCGGGCUGCAAAUGUUUUCCAGAGAAAGGUGCUCGGGGUCGACCGGGAUCUAUUGGGAACCAAGGACCUAUAGGUGUUCCAGGAUUUACUGGGCCAGAAGGUUUGGCAGGGGCAAAAGGUGAGAGAGGGGCAGUGGGCUCUCCAGGAUCAGCUGGACUGAAAGGAGAUAAGGGUCCAAUGGGAGUGCCUGGAUUUCAAGGCAUCAAUGGGAUUCCGGGCCACCCUGGACAGCCAGGGCCCAGAGGUUUUCCUGGCCUUGAUGGCUGCAAUGGUUCUAUUGGAACUCCUGGUGUUUCCGGGUUGGAUGGGUUUCCUGGUACACAGGGGCCACCUGGUCGCUUUGGUCCCAAAGGUCCCAAAGGAGAACCUGCGUAUGCCCAAGGUGGCCUUAAAGGAAGUAAGGGUGAAAAUGGUCUUCCUGGAUUGGAUGGGAUUUCUGGUCCAAAAGGUUUCCCUGGCCCAGCAGGUUCUGUGGGUCCUAUAGGAUUGCCAGGUUUGCAGGGGCCACCAGGUGCAAUGGGGCCACCAGGACCAAAAGGUAACAUGGGAUUAGGUUUCCAAGGAGAGAAAGGUGCAAAGGGAGAUGUCGGGCUACCUGGCCCUGCAGGUCCCCCACCAUCCACUGGGAUACUAGAGUUCAUGGGAUUUCCAAAAGGGAAACCAGGAGCAAAGGGUGAACCAGGCCCUAAAGGAUUCCCUGGGAUUAGAGGAUUACUUGGCCCUAUGGGCUUUCCGGGUAUCGGAGAAAAAGGAGAAAAGGGGAUCCCUGGCUUACCAGGUGGCAGGGGAUUUCUGGGAUUGGAUGGAUCUGAUGGGUUUCCAGGGAGAAAGGGUCAGUUUGGUCUCCCUGGUUUUCCUGGGCUGGAUGGAAUGCAAGGAAUGAAGGGUGAAUUAGGUGAAAUGGGUCCUCCAGGCCCUCUUAUUUCUCUCGAUAGAGAAGAUGGACUCGUCUCAGGUUUGCCAGGAGAUCCCGGGAUUCCAGGGACUCCAGGCCCUCGAGGAGAUGAAGGGAUUGUUGGUUUACCAGGCCUUCCUGGCACCCCAGGUCUCUCAGCUCUUGUUCGAGGGGCACCAGGUCUCGUGGGAUUUCCAGGUAUUCCAGGUAUUACCGGUGAACCAGGAGACCAAGGGAGAGCAACAAUUGGAUUACCAGGCACUCCAGGCAUAGAUGGUUUACCGGGUAUGCCAGGACCUCCAGGACUGCCAGGUCCAUCACAAAUCCUCAAUGGAGAACCUGGGGAACCAGGAAGACCUGGACAACGGGGGCCACCAGGAGUUUUGGGACUAAAAGGGACCAAAGGGGAUCCAGGUGAUUGUGCUUGUGAUGGAGGAGUCACAGGAGCUGGACCAAAAGGUGCACCAGGCCCUCUGGGUCCACCAGGAAGUCCUGGUGAACCUGGGUUUAAGGGUUCUAGUGGAUAUCCUGGCAGUGUGGGUGCACAAGGGCCGCGAGGGCCUCCGGCUUCACCUGGUCAACCAGGUUCUCCAGGCCGUAAGGGAGAAAAAGGAGAUCCAUCUUUUGCAAGAGGCAGAGGUCUCCGGGGGGAUCCUGGUGCAACAGGAGCCAGAGGGCCUUCUGGCAUCCCAGGAACUCCUGGCAGAGAUGGAUUCCCGGGUUUACCAGGCCAGCCAGGUCCUCGAGGUGAUGGUGGACUAGGUUUUCCAGGCGAAAAAGGCCUGCCAGGAUUACCUGGCUCCAAGGGCCGGCGUGGGGAAAGCGGUCUUCCUGGCAUUGGUUUCCCAGGUCCUAGUGGAGUUCGCGGCCCUCCAGGUGACCCAGGAAUGGAUGGUUUUCCAGGACAACCAGGUCUUCCAGGUCCUCCAGGUGACUGCUGCUGCGGUGAGAAGGUUGGUAAAGGAGUCUUAGACACAGAGGGAGGGAUCACCUUGCCCUGUGUAGUUCCUGGAGGGUUUGGUGCCCCUGGGCCUCCAGGCAUACCAGGACGUCCAGGUCCCAAGGGCAGCCCGGCGUUUCCAGGCAUUCCAGGUCAACCUGGAUUACGUGGAUCCAAAGGACAACCAGGUAUUCCAGGAUCAAUGGGAUUGCCAGGAGCACCAGGCUUUCCUGGGCCUCGUGGAGAUCAGGGACCACAAGGGCUUCCAGGACUUGAUGGAACAGAUGGUUUCCCUGGAAAGAUGGGAGCUCCUGGCUUGUCAGGGGCAAAAGGAGCUCCUGGUGAAGUGUUUGGUGCUGAAAGAGGAGCCCUGGGUGAGCGUGGCAGACCUGGAUUCCCAGGAGAUAAAGGGCUUGCUGGAGAACCUGGAUUUCCUGGACAGAAGGGUGUUGAUGGAAGGCCUGGCUCACCGGGUUUUAAAGGCGAACGGGGUAAUCCAGGGCUCCCAGGUAUUGAUGGAUUACGAGGACCUCCUGGUCCUGGAGGUCCAUUUGGCAUUAAAGGAGAACCAGGUCCCAGGGGAGCAGUUGGCUUCUCAGGAUCACCAGGACUUCCUGGAGUCAAAGGACCAACUGGUGAUGCUGGUCCAUCAGGCCCUGCUGGUAUGAAAGGCUUCCCAGGUCUAGAAGGUUUUCCAGGACCACCUGGGGACAGAGGAUUCCCAGGGACACCUGGGCCUUUGGGUAGAGAUGGACGUCCAGGUUUCUUUGGAGCAAAAGGUGAAAAGGGUCCUCCCGGGUUGAUUGGCUUUCCUGGCAUGCCAGGCCUGCCUGGUAUCCCUGGGGUGAGUGGGCUGAAAGGAAUUUCCGGGUCAGCUGGAAGGGAAGGAAAUAUUGGAUAUUCUGGACCCACUGGUCUAAAAGGUGACAGGGGUGAUCGAGGUCCCCCUGGACUCCCAGUUCUUAGGCCUCCAGAAUUGGCAUUGGCAUUCAAGGGAGACAAAGGUGAUCUUGGGUCAGCUGGACUGAGAGGAUUCCCUGGACCUAGAGGUGAUAAAGGAUUCCCUGGACCCCGUGGACAACCUGGUCUUCCUGGUCCACGAGGAUCGCCAGCCACAGAUAGAGGACUUCCUGGUGAUGCAGGGUUCCCAGGCCUGCCUGGACCACCCGGCUUGCCAGGACAGAAAGGACAGCCUGGAAUCAUAGGAUUACCUGGAUUUCCAGGAGAAAGUGGUUCAGAGGGUAUCUCAGGAGCACCAGGGUUCCCAGGGACUGUUGGUUUCCCUGGUCCAAAGGGUGAUCCGGGGGAAUCACUUGGAAUUUCUGGUGGGUUAGGAGAUAAAGGAGAACAAGGAGACCGUGGAUUCCCAGGUGAGAGAGGAAAAGAUGGGCCAAAGGGUGAACCAGGAUACCCAGGAAGCACUGGCCUGGAUGGGCCUAAAGGUGUCCCAGGUGACCUUGGCCAAGAAGGACCACCAGGACUCCCUGGAAUUGCUGGGUUGCGAGGAAAUGCAGGUCUCCCGGGUUCUCCAGGGCAGCCUGGACCUGUAGGAUUCAUCGGACUCCCUGGGAUAGCAGGGCCAAAAGGAUUCCCUGGAUUUCCUGGUUUAAAUGGUCUGAAUGGCUUGCCAGGCACAAAAGGGUCACCUGGAACACCAGGUCUGAGUGAAGCUGGACUGAAUGGCCCUGCAGGGCUUCCAGGUCCUAAGGGUGAAGAAGGUUCCCCAGGCAUUGCCCUAGGAUCCCCAGGACUCCCUGGGCAGAAAGGAUCAUCAGGAGACAUGGGUCCUCCAGGUACCUUGGGUCUGCCUGGUUUACCAGGGCCUCCUGGCAUCUCUCUUCCUUCAAAUAUACCUGGGAGACGUGGUGAUCCUGGCCGUCCUGGAGUGGAUGGGAAUCCAGGCCCCCCAGGCCCUCCAGGUCCUCGAGGGCUCUCCGGCCCAGCCUCCAAUCAAGGUGAUACUGGCCUUCCAGGUUUACCUGGAGUUCCUGGUUUGCCAGGCAUAAAGGGUGACAUGGGACUCUCUGGUCCAACUGGAAUUCCAGGAGCUUCAGGACUCAAAGGUGUGAAGGCUGAGCCAGGCUUUAUGGGGAUGCCAGGUAAAGAUGGGCUUCCAGGGGACCCUGGAAUUCCUGGGCUGAAAGGUGAAACUGGCCGUCGAGGUUUCCCGGGCCUACCAGGUGCUUCAGGCCUAGUACCAAAACCAGAAGAAGUCAUAGUUCCUCCAGGGCUACCUGGUCUGCCAGGAAUUGAUGGGGUCCCUGGCUAUGCUGGAGAUCGUGGAUUUCAGGGACCAGAUGGGCAGCAAGGUCCAAAAGGUCUGUCAGGCAGAUCGGGUCAGGUGGGCCGUCCUGGUUUACCGGGGCCAGACGGCACAGCUGGGGAUCCAGGAACCCCAGGUAUUCCAGGGCCACCAGGAUUGGAAGGUAUCUCUGGAAAGCCAGGCCUGUUUGGUUUGCCCGGAAUGCCGGGUCGGAGUGUAGGCGUUGGAUACACUUUGGUGAAGCACAGCCAGUCAGAGCAGAUCCCACCAUGCCCAAUUGGAAUGAAUAAGCUCUGGGAGGGUUACAGCUUGCUGUAUGUGGAGGGGCAGGAAAAGGCGCACAACCAGGAUCUCGGUUUUGCUGGUUCCUGCUUGCCUCGCUUCAGCACCAUGCCAUUUAUUUACUGCAACAUCUAUGAGGUGUGCUACUAUGCCAGCCGAAAUGACAAAUCCUACUGGCUCUCCACCACUGCUCCCAUCCCCAUGAUGCCAGUGAGCCGUCUGGAGAUCCCACAGUACAUCAGUCAUUGCUCAGUGUGUGAAGCACCUUCCCAGGCUAUUGCAGUACAUAGCCAGGACAUUACCAUCCCGCAGUGCCCCGAGGGCUGGCGCAGCCUGUGGAUCGGAUACUCUUUCCUAAUGCACACUGCUGCUGGCGCGGAAGGCGGAGGUCAGUCCCUUGUCUCACCCGGCUCUUGCCUUGAGGAUUUCCGUGCUACUCCUUUCAUUGAAUGCAAUGGUGCCAGAGGAACCUGCCAUUACUUUGCAAACAAAUACAGCUUCUGGCUGACAACAGUUGAACGCACGCAGCAGUUUGUUGGUGCUCCUCCCUCAGAAACUCUGAAAGCAGGACAGCUCCGAACACGAGUCAGCCGUUGCCAAGUGUGCAUGAAGAACUUGUAGCAAAAAGAACCCAAACAAAUAAAACUUUGCUACCUAAGAGUUUAAACCUCAUUCAUUGGAAGAACUAUAAACACAUACACCCAUUCUGCUGGUGGUUUGUGGAUACGUUACAACAGCCAGAACACUACUGAAAUUAUGUUUUAGAUCCAUAAGAAACAUAGCUUCACACAGAAGGAAGGAGGGACAGACUAAUCUCUGAAACCUCUGACUGUUUUGUGGAAAAUGGUGCUACACUUUUUCUUUCAUGUUUGUUUUCCUAUUCAUGGCUACCUCAGAAAGUCUCUGAGCCUUUCUCAUUCAGAUUGCAGAAUGACAAGCGCUCCAUAUUAUAUCACCCAUCCUUUUUAUGCACUCAUCUAUAGCCAAUGAUAGAUUUUCUUAAACAAGUUUGUGCUUCACAGAUUACAUAGUAGCAGCCGUGUUAGUCUGUAUUCGCAAAAAGAAAAGGAGUACUUGUGGCACCUUAGAGACUAACAAACUUAUUAGAGCAUAAGCUUGAAGUGAGCUGUAGCUCACGAAAGCUUAUGCUCAAAUAAAUUUGUUAGUCUCUAAGGUGCCACAAGUACUCCUUUUCUCUUCACAGAUUAGUUGUCUUUGCAGAAAGCAUUUGGCAUGGCCUAGGAGAAUACGCAUUGAUUAGAUGAGAAAAUAUGUAAUGAAGUGGAUUUUCAAUCUGAAAGGAACUUAACUCUAAACUAAUUAAAACAAAUCACUGCAGCAGAGGUGCUUAGAGUAUUAAGAAUUAGAGACUGAGAACUGGCUUCCCUGGGAAGUUCUUACUUAAAGAUGAGCUCGUUUGUUUUGCUUUUUAAAAGAAUUGGCAUAAUCUUUGGUUUCAGUGAUGCACAAGCAACUUGGAGCCAAAUUCAGACCAGCUGUAACUGAUUUUGCGUUUCCCCUCCAUGAAAAAUUUGGAUUUCUACUUGAACUUAAAGCCAUUUUCAUUAUUCAGCACAGCUUUAUCACUAUUGAAAUGUGCUCUAUGUAAGCACACAGUUCAAGAUUUGUCGUUACCCUUUUGCAUCCUAGCAAUUUGUGACCUACAGAAUAAUUUCAUUAGUAUGUACGUAUGAAAUCAUCUUUCCGAGGUAGCCUUGGAACAAUUUUUUUUUGUAAGUAUUCAAUUUGUGUAUAUUUUAAAAUGUAGAAGCCUUAUUAUUUAGCAAUCAAGUUUAUGGAAACACAGAAGCAUGCAGUUGUUGGAUGUACAUUUUUUUACUGCUAAAAUCACCUGUUUUGUAUUCAUCAUCUACUGGGCUUUACUUCUACUAGUUAAAAAAUAUAUUACUGUAUUUCUAAUGCACUGUUAAAUAUUCACACAAUUUCUUCAGGUUAUAAUUACAAUCAGUGGUUUUCAGACUAUAUGGGAAAAUAGAAAUUAAGAGAGCCAUAAAUACAGUAUGUCCAUUCUGAGAAUUAAUUAACUAAGGCUAAAGCUAUUAAUUUCAGCUUCUUUCUACAGGGAGGUUGACAACACCCACAGGUAUCAGCAUUUUAGAGGAGUUGAAGCAAGGGCAUUGUAAAUUCCAAAUUUUUUUUUUUUAAUUGAAAGACAAAACUAUAGAAAAAUGUAUGUUUUAGUUGGGACUGCUCUGAUAAAUUGCAUGGUAUUUAAAAUGGGGGUUUGGUGAAUGCUUAGGUAUGCGACUUUGAAAUUCACUUUCUGCAAAUAUUGUGGUCAGUAAAACUCAAAUCGCUCCAGUGUUUGUUUUAAAAAUUUGAGCAAAUAUUUGUGGAAAACAUUUUUAUUUGUCACUCAUUCUGCUCAUUAGGUGCCAGCAACAGAAGCAUCAGGUCUGGUUCCAGUUUAUUUGUUUGGAUGUUGAGGGGAGGGUGAGGAAAAGGAGGUUCUGCUCUGGAUGCACAUGACUGAAAUACACAAGUCUUUUCAGGAGCAGGCUCUAUGUAAUUGUUUCGCUUUAUGCGGCAUGAGUAAUCUCAUUGCUUUCAGUGACAGACCUUCCAUUGACUUCAGUAGGGCCAGGAUUUCACCCCGAUGGGUACUGUUAAGCAUGAGGCAUGUCUUUGCAAGAUUAGGGCCACAGUCUAUGAUCUUCUCCACUCCUGGCUCCAGAGCUGCUUCCAAUCAACCCUGUAUUUAUCCCCUCUCCUUCCAGUUGCUACCCAACACACUUUUCCAUGAAGCCUGUAAACUUCAGAUUUCCCCUCUGACUUGUGUUUACAUAAUGAAAGAUAACAGGAGGGCAAUUAAAAAAAAAAAAAAGGAUGGACUGAGCAGGACCUAUGCCUAGUUUCAUUGCUCAGUCAUCUAACGGGUACUUCCCUUUUCUGGAUAGAUGUCAGUCAUCCUUCAGAAUGUAAGCUUUUCAGAGCAGGGGCUGCAUUUUCAUUUGUCUGGAAGGCACCAAGCACCACUAUGGUCUUAAGCUAUGGUCUUAAAUGAAUACUAGAAAAACAGCGUGGGGUGGCAUCUCCUUUUGUUAAUGUUCAGUUUUCAAACUGUGGUUAAUAAAGGCAAACAAGCCAUUAA